CUGGAUGAUUUGACUCCUCCAAGAAUUCUUCUUGUAUUUCAGGGAAUACGUUAUAAUACUUUAGGAUUUUAACGUUGUGCACGGGACAGGUUUAGGCUGUCGCGUGAAGACAAAGAUUGUACAGUGAACAUUAAUUGACACAGUUGUCACAUACCUUAGACCCGUGAGCUAGCUGCUUGUUACUUAACGAUGCGGGCAUUGCAUAGCAGAUUUCAUUCAUUUUAGCUAACGCUAGCAUUGUAGUGGCGAAUCUAUUUGCUAAUGUUAAGUAACUUGUCACUGCUGCAUUUACGUUACAUAGCCCAGCUACAGUGUGACUCCGCUUUUCUGUUAAAUUGAGAGAUAACAUUAUCGUGUGUCAACCAUUUAGCCUCUGUAACGUUAGCUAUUUUGAGCGAGGUAACGUAACGUUAACUUUUACUAUCUAUUAUGGAUUAUGAACAAAAAGCGAAGGCAGUGGGUGACUGCUUGCUGAGCUACAAGAGGGAUGAGUCCGGGUGGAAAGUCUGCAAGAAAUCGAAUGACGUGGUUGUGUCUUGGCGUCCGUCGUCUGAGUUCCCUGGGAAUGUUUAUAAGGGGGAGGGGAUUGUCAGUGGAAGCCCGGAAAAAGUGUGGGACUGUCUGAAACCAGUACCCAAUGGGCUCAGAGUCAAGUGGGACAACAAUGUCAAAAGGUUUGAACUUUUGGAACAAAUCACAGAGGACAUCUCUAUCUGCCGAACAGUCACGCCCUCAGCAGCCAUGGGGAUCAUAGCUCCACGAGACUUUGUAGAUGUUAUUUUAGUUAAGCAAUACGAAGAUGGUACCAUUUCAUCAAAUGCCACCAAUGUGAGCCACCCGGGCUGCCCUCCCCAGUCGGGCUACGUGAGAGGAGUCAACCAUCCAUGUGGCUGCAUCUGUGUUCCCAUCUCAGGAGAGCCCAACAAAACCCAGGUGUUCAGCUUCUUCCAGACCGACCUGGGUGGCUUCCUCCCUCGCUCCGUGGUUGACUCGUUCUUCCCCUCCAGCAUGGCUGAGUUCUACAGCAACCUGACCAAGGCUGUCAAAUCUCUCAAGGACCUUUGACACCAAGAGUUAAGAAAUCAAUCUUCAAACCUGAGGCCUGGUCAGGCCAUUUGUUCAUUGUAUUUUAAAAUGUCCAAACUCAACAAUCAGCACACUGAGAUUAUCAAUCGCUUUUUUCAAAUAGAUCUAAUCUACCAUUUAUGCUAGUGUACAUUCCUAUAUUCCUGUGUUACUGCAGGAGUUUGCCAGUCAAUCUGGCUAUCCCCUUAUUUAAAAGCAGUUUACACGAUAAGAAGUCCCAAAAUAAGAACAAGGGCUUGCAUUUGAAACGCCUGCAUCUCAAACACCAGUCUCUUUACAUCUGUGGGAUGACAUCAUUUCCUUCAAUCUGAAGGAAAAAAAUAGAUGUAAAAUCUAUAUUUCUACACGUGCUAAAAGUACGUAACAUCUUUACUUUUGACCUCUGAGAUUAGACACUAGACAUUUCCUCUUGAUAUAAUGGCAUACUUCAGUGUGUACAGUAAACAUGCAUGUUGCAUGGACCUUUUUUUACCCUAUGCUGGUAUCAGGUUGUUUGUUUGGAGUACUGACUCAUACCUCAUAUUUAGUUGUUUGUGUUGUACUUGAACUGCCAUUUGCUCAUUUCCAACUCACCUGUACACCAUGAAUAUCUGCCUCUCUAAACAGUUGCACUGAAGCACAGGUGAAAUGGCAAAGGUGGCCUUUUUACGUUAAGGCAGCUUUGUUUUUCCUUCUAGAACAACGCCUUUUGAAUAGGACAUGUAUAGGACAUGUUUUGUGCUGCUCUAUCAGGCAGAAAGGUGUCUUCCUUUUUGUCAUGACAUUUUUUACAUUCCCCUUUCUUUUUCUUCAUAUACAGUCACUGAAACUUUUCAUGAAGUUUUAAGAUUAGAACCAGACCAGCUGCCUGCAGUUUGUUAGAAAACAUUUUGAGAAGCUGGCUGGCUAACUGGGCUCACAAAGGUGGUCAUCAGCUGAGGCUAAUGGACCUUUGACAAUAAAAGUGAUCGUCAAUUCCCAUGCAACAUGGACAAAUGCCAAUCACAGGUUUUAAGAUGCAAUAAGAUAAAACUAUUGUGGUGAAAUGAGGUCACUGUAUGUGUAAAAUAAUAAAACCGCACUAUAGGCUGAUAUUUUGAAGGCCUUCAGUAGCUUAUACUGUAAAAGUAAGUACUAGAAUGACAUGGUUUACUAUCACUAGCCUGAAACUGUUCCAAUGCAUAAUUAUGAGCAAUGCAAGAAGUCGGACUCAAAAUGCAUACAUAAGUCAAAAGUAACCUGGCAAAGCUUGAGAGCUUCACUGCAGAUGGGUUAAAGGAGACCCUUUUAAAGUGUGAAAGAUGCAAAGAUGCACCGCAAGAUGUCUCCAUGUAAUGUGUCUCAAUGAUAUCAGAACACCUCAGAUUGCAUUAAUGCUGUUGGAAAAAAGCAGACCAUGUCAUUG